AUGGUGGGGCUGGGGCCGAAGCCAGGACCGGGACCGCGGCCUCCAGAGCCGCCGCCGCCGCCGCCACCGCUGCCUCCUCAGCCGCCGCUGCCUCAGCUCCGCCUCUUCCGGCUGCGCCACCCGAGGGGGCUGAUGCGGGCGCCGUGGAUUGGCGGGCGCCGGCAGCUGCCACAGUUGCCGUGUGGCCUAGUGGUGGCCCUGUUCUCGGAGUUGGAGCUGGUGGAGGACGUGUGGCGAGGGGAGGCGCAGGACCUCCUUUCUCAGAUCGCCCAGCUGCAGGAGGAGAACAAGCAGCUCAUGACCAACCUCUCGCACAAAGAUACCAGCUUCUCUGAGGAGGAGUUCCAGAAGCACGAAGGCAUGUCAGAGCGUGAGCGGCAAGUGAUGAAGAAGCUGAAGGAGGUGGUGGACAAGCAACGCGACGAGAUCCGUGCCAAGGACAGGGAGCUCGGUCUGAAGAACGAGGAUGUGGAGGCUCUGCAACAACAGCAGACCCGGCUGAUGAAGAUCAACCACGACCUCCGGCACCGUGUCACAGUGGUGGAGGCCCAGGGGAAGGCCCUGAUUGAACAGAAGGUAGAACUAGAGGCAGAUCUGCAAACCAAGGAACAGGAGAUGGGCAGCCUACGGGCAGAGCUCGGGAAGCUGCGAGAGAGGCUGCAGGGCGAACUCAGCCAGAAUGGAGGGGAGGAGCCCGAGACGGAGCCGGGCGGGGAGGAGUGUGCCUCGGAGGCGGAGAAGGUGGCCAUGGAUCUCAAGGACCCCAACCGCCCCCGGUUCACGCUGCAGGAGCUGCGGGAUGUACUACACGAGAGGAACGAACUCAAGUCCAAAGUGUUUCUGUUGCAGGAGGAGCUGACGUACUACAAGAGUGAAGAAAUAGAAGAGGAAAAUCGAAUACCCCAACCUCCACCGGUCGUCCACCCGAGAAUGUCCCCCCAGCCGGAGUCUGGGAUCAAGCGACUGUUUAGCUUCUUCUCCCGAGACAAGAAGCGUCUGGCCAACACGCAGAGGAACGUGCACAUCCAGGAGUCCUUUGGCCAGUGGGCCAACUCCCACCGUGAUGACGGUUACACGGAGCAAGGACAGGAAGCCCUGCAGCACCUGUGACCACAGCCCCCCUCUGCCCUCGGACCGGAACUGUCCCCCGCCAGCACCUGCAGCGGAACCUGGCAGCCCCAGGUGUCACGACCUUGCACACCUCUGGGUUCAGAUGCACCCUCAGAACUGAUCCCUCAAAACAGACUGUCUGCUUUGAGGAAAGCACACCGAAAAACUGAUGCCAAACUCAAAGACAUGUUUAUUUAUACCCAGGGCUAUCACCGUUUAUAAUAGAUGACUGAUCCCUUAGGAUAUAUAUUUAAUAAUACCAUGAGCAGAGGCCAGACUUUUGCAUUAACUUCAGUAACACAAGCUUCUUUAAGCCAAAUACAUCACAUGCCACUAUAAUUGCUGUUUGACUUGCUUUGUAUGAAAUUCUGUGUGUAGAGGUUUUAUUAACACAUUUGUCAUACUUAAGUGGGAGGCAGGGAAGUGGUAGAUUUUCAGUAGAUCAUUCAUGAAAUUGUCAUGGUGGUAGCAUAAUAUAUAAGAUGCAUCCGUUAGAUAAGCGGGGCCUCCGAAGUCACCAGACAAGCUGGCCCCGAUUAGAUGUGAAGCAACAGAAAAUAUGGACGACAGUCCAGCGCAGAAACUGGAGAUGACUUGCAAGAGCCGGUGGUUCUAUUUUGCAUCUUGUUACUGAUACUGCCUGGAGCAUGUAGCGAGCGAGUGCCUUGGAAUCAGCUGUGAGUUCUGCAGUACGAACCAGAGUUGCUAAGGAUAAGACAUUGCAACC